AUGCUCGGUUUGGUUUGGACUUGCGCUGCCCUUUACUCGGGUCGCGGGGAUGCGAGUGGAAAAGGGGGCACCAAGUCCUGUAGGCUGGGCCCUGCGGCCGCGGCCGAAGUAACGAUAAGACGAGCCCAGCCCCGAGAAGGGAAGAAACCGGCCCAAGGUCACAUCGUAGUCAGAGGCCGAGCCAGGACCGAAGCCAGAGCUGAGCCGGCUGUUACUGGAGGACCGCAGAGGCCGCAGGACCGGGGGAGGAGGAGGACCGAGCAAGUUGGGGGCGCCGCGGGAGCAGGCCGGAGAUGCUGGGUUGGUGGUGGGCCCGCGGCCGGGGAAGGCCCGGAGCCUCUGCCGCUCACAGAACCCACCCGGAGGAGCCUGGCCAUUCUGCCUCUUGUGGCCACUGUGCUGACUGCCCGCUUCUCCAGACCCCUGUCACAGCUCCCGAGGAAAACCCUGAAUUUCUCUGAUAGAGUAAAUGGAGCAAGAGGCUCGCUGCUGUUCCACUCUGCCUCCUUUGUCCCUGUUGACCGUCGGACUGACGCUGCUUCGGUGAACCCAGUUGCCAGCAAAGCUGUCUUGGUCACAGGCUGUGACUCUGGAUUUGGGUUCUCCUUGGCCAAGCAUCUGCAUUCAAAAGGCUUCCUUGUAUUUGCUGGCUACUUGAUGAAGGUGGUGCCCUCCCUGAGCUUUCAGACCAGAUUUGCUGCCAAAGCCAGGGGAGCCAGCCGUGGUGGUGAGAUGAAGGGCGUUGUCCGAUUAGAGCUGGGCCUGGUUAACAAUGCGGGCAUCUCAGUGUUUGGGGAUGUGGAGUUCACCAGCACGGAGACCUACAAGGAGGUGGUGGAAGUAAACCUCUGGGGCACAGUGCGGGGGACAAAACCCUUUCUCCCCCUCAUUUAGAGGGCCACAGCUGAUUCGCUGUCUUGCGCCGCAGGCUGCCUGGUCAACACCAGCGGCAUUGUGGGCCGCAUGGCGCGUGCGGCCGGCGCCCCGUACUGCAUCACCAGGUUUGGGGUGGCUUUCUCCGACUGCCUGUGCUACGAGGUGCACCCACUGGGAGUGAAGGUCGCCGUGGUGGACCCCGGCAACUUCAUCGCCACCACCAGCCUCCACAGCGCUGAGCGCAUCCAUGCCAUCGCCAGUAAGAUGUGGGACGAGCUGCCUGAGGGGGUGCGCAAGGACUACGGCAGGAAGUACUUUGACGAGAGGGUCGCGAAGAUGGAGACCUACUGCAACAGCGGCUCCACGGACACGUCCCCCAUCAUCAGCGCUGUCACCCACACCCUGACCUCCGCUACCCCCUGCACUCGCUACCACCCCACGGACUACUGCUGUUGGGUGCGAAUGCGGAUCACGACCCACUUGCCCGGAGCGAUCUCUGACAGGAUCUACAUACACUGAGGAGUUUAGCACUGGCCUCUGUUGUGCAGCCCUCGGGGGAGGGAAGAGGACGGACGGAGGGAGGGAGGGGGAGGGGCUUGUGUCAUUACCUCUUGAUUACCCACUUGUGGAUUAUCCCAGUCCCAGGAGGACCCACUACCAGUCUGAGCAUUAACCAGAGCAGGCAGCCCAGCUCAACUCGUGUGCCCAGUGAAUGGCUCGGGCCUUCUCAACUGGGGUGCAGAGUGGUGGGCAGGGCCCACAAACCUCAGGGCAAACAUGGUGAAUCUGUCUUUCUGGAAUCGAUUUUAUACAACGAUUUUAGGUAGACAUCUUUAUAUUAAAAACAGAUUUAUUAUAAAAUAGAAUCCAAAUCCUUUAUAUUUUAAAGCCAAAGCAUCAGUUCAAAAAAUUUAUCUCAGGACUCCCCUGGCGGUCCAGUGGUUAAGACUUCGCCUUCCAAUUCAGAGGGUGCAGGUUCAAUCCCUGGUCAGCUAAGAUCCCACAUGCAUCGGGGCCAAAAAACCAAAACAUAAAGCAGAAGCAAUAUUGUAAUAAAUUUAGUAAAGACUUUAAAGAAAUGGUCCACAUGAAAAAAAUUUAUCUCAUUUGAUCCUUAAACCAGCCUCAUGAGUAAAAAGGGCAGCUUUUUUUUUCUUUUGUACAUGAAGAAUUUUUGGCUCAAAGAGGAUACAUGAAUUACCCUUUUAUUGCUUAUAAAUCAAUUUUGCUUAUAUUGCUUUAUAUAAAAUAUAAAGGUCCAAGUCGUGUGUUCCUGCCACUGCUGUAGAAACAUUCACAUUUUAUGUUCCGGGGCUGCUCUGGAUCCAGUUACCUGAGGAUCCUGUGAUGAGCUCUAUACCCUCACCUGGGCCAUACAUACCAUGUGCCCACCAUGCACCUCUUUGCAUGUCCUUGGUGCUGCUGUGUGCAGCCUGCAGCCAGUGAUUCAGAGCUGAGUGGGGGGGGGUGGUGGCAACAUUCUGGAGAUUUCCAUUUGAGGUUUCUCCAGCUUAUCUUAGGACAAACUUGUGUGGAGGUGCUCAUUGGCUAAGAGGUAAUUUGUUUCUGGUUUGGGUCUGCUUGGUCUUGCCUGGGGUGGGACCCCUGUUGAUGGGCCAUUCUUGGCAGGAGCCGUGAUACAUAGGACGGGCACUGUAGCCUCUCCUCCCCCAGGGGUGGGUCCAGGUUCCCUGUCUGUCUCACCUGGUGCUUAUACACACACACACACCUGUUCUGUGGUGCUCAGGGUGUGGCCUUCAUUGAUGGCUCACCUUCCUUCUAUGGACUUAUUUUUAAUUAAACCAGGUCACUGAUCA